CCCGGGCCGGGUCCCUUUAAGUGGGACCGGCCGGUUGCUAGGUGACGGCGCGGCCCGAACGGCGCUGCACUGCGGAGACUCAGCCUGGGCUACCGGCCGGGUCGCGGGGCCACGCGGAGAGCAGGGCUGUGGGCCGCCCGUGGCGGCGGGCUUCAGGGAGGACGGGGAAGACGAGGAAGACAGGGAAGUAGGAGAAAGGGGGACAGGGCUCCCGACGCCCCACCCACACCUCCAGUUCAAACUGGAAAAAGGAAAAAACAGCAUCCAACGUAAGAGCUUGUAUCUCAGGAACUAAAUUGGAAGCAGUUCCAGAAGAAAUGGAUGCUAGAAGAAAACACAAGAAGGAGAAUAUGUUUACUCCUUUUUGUGAUACCCAGAUUUGUCCAGGUCAGGCUUCUCAGCCUAAAUUUUCUGAACAAUUGUCUUUAGAAAAGGCCAGGAGUAUGGCAGAAAGUUAUAAUUUGUCCAGUCAGAAGUUUCAAGAGGUAAACAAAGUUAAGAAAAAAGAAUCUAUUUCCCAACUAAAUGAAAAAGAACGAGAACUAAAGUUAAGAGAGAGAAAGAUAAACAUUUCAAAGAAUGAAACAGACACAAGUUCUGCCUCCUGUGAAGCAUCCGAUUUGGAUGUUCCAACCAAAGAAACCAUCAGGGGCAGGCAAAAUUGUUACACCUGCGGUACGAAGGAAUCGCCAACCGGACGGAGACGACGGCGACGAGGAGACAUGAGGAAGAAUUUCCCGGAGGAAAUGUGUCCAAAACUUCGCCUGAACCUUUUGAAUGCAGAACUGGAAGAACUUAAUAUGAAAUGCAAAAAAAUAGAAGAGGAAUUUGAAAAUGCCGAAAAAGAACUUAUGAACUCCAAAAAAGAAGUCUCCACCAAACCCUUAAACUUUCAAGAAACAAGGAAGGAUUCUUUGAAGAAAGACUGGGAACUGCAAGCUUUACGAAAUGACCUGUCUGAAAAAGCAACCAAUGUCAAAAACUUAACUAAAGAGCUCCAGCAAGCCAAAGAAGUCAUCCACAAGCUGAACUUAGAAAACCGAGAUUUGAAAGAAACUGUUAAGAAGCUGAAGCGGCAAACUGAGGCUGGAAAUGCACUCCUAAAAGAUGAAAUGAAGUUGUUUUAUGAAUUAGAAAUGGAAAAGAUCCGCAAAGAGCUUGAUGCCAUCAAGAAUGACCUGAAAGUUGAGAAGACCCUACAAGCAAGAAACAACAGGGCCCUGGAGUUGAUUAGAACGCACUUUGCCUCAGGAACGCCAUCAAGUACCCUUGGCCAAUUUUCAGGGAAUAUUUUUUAAAAUUAUAAAUAAAUAAAUAAAGCCUUCCAGUAAGCAAGUCAUUGAGCCAAAUCAGUGUUUAUUGUACUUUCUUUGUGUACUACUUCCAACGUGUGUAGUUGGAUGUAAUUUUCAUUUCUGGUGAAUCAGAAUUUCUGUAACAACAUAUAGAUGUUAUCUUCAAAGCUUCUGCUUUAUUUUCUAUUGAAGUUAUUGUGAGAGUCCAAAUGGAGAUGAAGCUUUGGAAUUUUUUUUUGGUAUUUCACUCAAAGACAUGUAGUGAUUCACCAACUCAUUUAUGAAUACAAAUCAGCAAUUUUGUGAUCUUUGAGCAUUAUGUCCUUGGCACGUGAAUAUUCUUCAACCUGUGUUCACUGAUGUUAACAAUAAAAAUCUUCUUUAUCUCUAUAA